CUGGACUCCUAUCUACUGGAUGAAUAUCGUUUUCGAUUGUUUUUAGCAUGACAUAUAAGCUCGCUAAUGGAUUCUAUAUCGACUUUCGGUUGCUUCUGGUGCUAUUUUCAAAAGCCUACUCUAACUAUCUCAUAUCUACUACCAUAAUUGUCAUCCUGUCCGGAAAUACAACCCACCGUAACAUUGGGUCCCCAGUCGCAAACACGCACGAUCGACAUACGAUACCACCUGUGCCCCCAGAGUGUACGUAUCAUAUCGUACGGGUUUGCCAAGAUCAAGGUAACCAUCGACUCUCGGAGACACUCAACGGUCUGGCGUGUCCAGCGGAGUUUGCUGGACGUGAACGUUCUUGCUGCAUUGUUGGGUUUUUGCUUUUCCGUCCCAUUUCCUGUCACUGCACCACCCUCUCGACGGGCCGUAGUGUAGUUGCAGCUUAAAAGUUUGGCGAAGCGAUAAAAGGGGGCGCCUACCCGUCAGACAAGAUAGAAUUGACACACCGUCCACGUAUCACCAUGGUAACAAGGGCAGAGCAAGCGGCGGGACCACACCGAUGUGUGCUGCUACCUGUUGGUUGGAUCGCCAUACUUUACCGUCGAAUCUGACCAGGUGUGUGCAACGGCAAAUGCGGAGACAGACAGGUUGGUAACAGGUAGGGAAGGAGCACGGAAGAAUGCAGUUUGUGUUGCUGCUGGAAUUGUUAGAGCAGGAUAUUUCCGGGUUCUGGCGAUCAACACGGAUUGCUCGAAUUUUAAUGAGCUUAAGAAAAGGUGCUUUGUUUAAAG